AUGUUUGGUCAGAACGUUCUUACACUAGAAGACGUCAUGUCUGGAAGAAAAAGAAGUGUGUAUUUAGGAGGUGCGGCUCCUUUCUAUCAAAAACCCGAAAAGAAUCCGAAUCCGGUGACGAAAAUUGCACCUUUCGUACCACAAGGUCCAGGACCUGGACGCGAUAUUCUUCGAAAUUUUCAUACCAAAGAUAAAUAUAAUAGUGUAUUAUAUAAAAGUUUGAAACCCUUAUUGAAUUUUAUGAAAUUCGUUGGGAUUUUUCCAAUAACAGACGACGAGUUGGUGUUUCAAGUAACUAUUGGAUCAAUUAUUUAUUCUGUUUGCAUAUUUUUUAUAAUAUUAGGAUACGUAGGUUAUAUCCAAUGGGAUAAACUGGAAAUGGUUAGAUCUGCAGAAGGAAAAUUCGAAGAAGCUGUAAUUGAUUAUUUAUUUACGUUGUAUUUGAUUCCAAUUAUAACAAGUCCAAUAGCAUGGAGCGAAUCUAAAAAAUUAGCGAGAGUCUUGACGAAUCUUAUGGCUUUCGAAAGAAUUUAUUAUAAAAUGACAAAGAAAAGAUUCGCGCAAUUUUUGGGAAACAAACCUUUCGUUAUUACCAUAGCUUUACCUGUUUUUGCUUGCGUUACUAUGGUAGUAACACACGUUACUAUGGCACAUUUUAAAAUUUUGCAGGUAAUCCCUUAUUGCUACAUAAACGUGGUUACGUACCUGAUUGGGGGUAUUUGGUACAUGCUCUGCGAUUUACUGGCCAACAUCGCCUUGACAGUGGCCGAGGAUUUUAAGCAAAUCCUUGGAAAUGCGAGUCCCGCUAAUAAAAUAGCGGAAUUUAGAUCGCUGUGGAUGUUGUUGAGUAGAAUUAUCAGAGAUACGGGCAACGCUUUCGGAUUUACUCUAACUUUUUUGUGUCUCUAUUUAUUUUUGAUAAUCACGUUAACGAUUUACGGACUCAUGUCGCAAAUUCAGGCCGGAUUGGGCGUUAAGGACGUCGGUUUAGCGGUGACGGGAUUUUUCGCCGGUUUGAUGUUGUUGCUGAUCAGCGACGAAGCGCACUUCGCCUCCAAUUGUGUGAAAGUGCAGUUUCAAAAGAAAUUAUUGCUUGUUGAACUGAAUUGGAUGAGUGAUGAUACUCAACAAGAGAUCAACAUGUUUUUAAGAGCGACAGAAAUGAAUCCGACCGAUAUGAGCCUUGGUGGAUUUUUUGAAGUCAACAGAAAUUUGUUUAAAUCGUUAAUAGCGACGAUGGUUACAUAUUUGGUGGUGCUUUUACAAUUCCAGAUUAGCAUUCCCGAGGAUCCUGAUAGUGAAAAUUCAACAAAAAAUCCUUAA